AUGGACGAGGGAGGGAAGAAGCAUAGAAUCUUGAUUGAUAAGAAUAGGUUGCAAUGGGACAUUCUCGAACACACAAGGGUUCUUGUAAGUUCUUCAGUUUCGUUUUUCUACAUUACCAAUUUUCCAAACUCGGUUCAAUUAUCAGAUCGUUGGCGUGUUUGUGGACGGUUGGGUCAGAUUAUCAAUGUCUUUAUUUCAAGAAAAUUGUCACGUAUGGGUAAAAGGUUUGGAUUCAUUAGAUUCGUUGGGGUUAUUAGUGAAGAUAAUAUGAUCAAGAAAUUGUGUGAUGUAUGGUUUGGUUCACAUAAGCUUUUCGCAUCAACCUCACAUCUUCCUAAAGAUGACAGUAUUUUGAAUAAACGUGGUGGGAGUAGUAAUGUCAUGAAACCUAUUUUACAUGAUCAAUCAUAUGCAAGUGUUGUUAAAGGAUCAUCUUAUCAUGAACCUAGUAAUGUUAAAAAAGAUGAAGUUAUCGACCUUUAUUCUGGUGACUUUAUUGUUGAAAAGAAGAGACGUGUGUGUCUUGUUAAGGCUAGAGAUUUCCUAACUCUUCCUAAUCUAUUUUUUCCAAUAGUUAGAGUUUCUGAUGUUGUCUCAAAGCACGUUCUUAUUCCCAAUACAGUAGCAUCUCAUGUUUCUGUUCUAGGUGGCCAAAGUGUUUUUGAAUCAAAACAAGUUCCAACAUCUCGUCUGGCAGCCCCUUCCCCCAUUGCCGAGUCACCGGCAGAUGGAGUUGUCGCUCCUGCUUUUGUCCCGACAGGUUCUCAUGUGGCCUCAUUUUCUGCGAUACCAUCCUUUUCUACAAGGCCUAAUGGAUUUUCAGGUGGUUUUGGUCAUAUGGAGGGUGUUCAUUUCUCAGAAGAUUCGCUCACCCAUCCUUCUGGCUUUUCAAACGAACUUUUUGUGCGUAAUGAUACUAUUUCAGACGGGUCGGUAUAUAGGAAUUGUUUGCUUAUUGAAGCUAAUAAAGCUUUGGAAUUGGGGGAAAAGAUUGGUUUUAAUAUGAAUGAGUGUUAUUCUCAUAUCAAAAGCGUUAUUAAAGGAGAGGUUUUUAAUAACACAUAA